UGGUUUUAAUAGUUCAUUCUCUAUGUAGCCAGCAGUAUGCUCCACUAGACAGCUUUUAAAAAGCAAACCAGUGAGACAAAUGGAAACUCAGAGGUAUUAAAUUAUUUUUUUAUUUGGAGAGAGGGGUGGAGUAGAGAGGGACAGAAACUCAGAUUAAAUCAUCUUUGGCUUUCCUGCUCAAGACAACUGGCUACUGAGAGAAAGAGAGAGAGAGAGAGAGGGGGGGGGGGGGGGCUCACACAUACUGACUGAGAUACAGUGGGGUUGGGGAGAGUGCAGAUUCAUCCGGUAGAGAUCUCCCCUCAGCCUCAGAGAGAAAAGGAGGAAUAUUUUAAAAAGAGAGAAAUACAGAAUGGGAAACACAUAUGUUUUAAGGGGAGAGAGAGGAAGGAUUAUUUAUUGUGGCGCAAGCUAUUGACAAAGCGAGACAAAGACAAGCUGACUGAACAUUCCUGGAGAAAAACAACUCUGACAAGAUUGUGGGAUAGGAAAAGAGGGACAGAAGGAAAGAGGACGGAUCGAGAGAAUCAUGCAGUCAACCGUACUCAUUCGAUGGUAAGGAUUAUUGUUCAUUCGAUGGUCUCCUUCGUGUGUACAGAGCCAUGCCCAGUACACCUGUCGUCACAAUGUGACAGCGACCGUCUGACCACGGAGACCAUCACCUAGACAGUCCACAACACUUUAGAUUCCUAUGGCACUGUAACCUGGCAACAGCAGAUACCUACAGCGCUGUAACUUGGCAACAACACUGAGUUACCUCAAUCGAAUUGCCACCACUGAAUCGACUCCUCUGAAUCAACUCCUCUCUGCAGUGAGGAUGCUGAGGGUGUCAAUGGUCCUACUGCAGAGGCAGCUGGUCCUGUGUGUGUGGGUGUGUGUGUCCAGUGCACUAGUGGUCCAUUCCCUGCCAUGGAGCGUCUCCUGCCCGGCAGGGUGUGUGUGUCAGAUCAAGCCCUGGUUUUCCCCCCAGUCAUUCUCCUGCGAGGUUCCAACUGUGGACUGUAACAACCUGUUCCUGACCCAGCUCCCCACCCCUCUCCCCCUAGACACACACACCCUCUGUCUGCAGAGUAACUUGCUGUCUGCCUUGGAGACACCACUGUUACAGACACUCCCCAACCUCACAGAGCUGGAUCUGUCUCAGAACCGCUUCAGCAGUGUUAGGACACUAACCUCAACCCAGCCCCAGACUCCCUCCCUGCGCUCCCUACUCUCCUUGCACAUGGAGGAGAACCAGCUCCGGUCCCUGCCCCCUGCCGCCUUCUCUUCCCUGCCUGCACUACAGGAGCUCUUCCUCAGCCACAACCAGCUGGCCUCCCUGGCUCCUAGAGCCUUCUCUGGCUUGGGCUCCCUGCUGCGCCUGCACCUCAACAACAACCACCUGACCUCAAUUGACCCCCUCUGGUUCACCACCCUGCCCUGCCUCCAGGUGCUGAUGCUGGGGGGAAACCCAGUGGAGGUCCUCCCUGAACGGGGCUUCCAGGCCCUGGUGUCUCUACGCAGCCUGGUUCUGGGGGGCAUGGGGCUGAAAGGGUUGCCUGAGAGGGCCCUGGAGGGGCUGGACAGCCUGGAGAGCCUGUCCUUCUACGACAACCUCCUCACCACUGUCCCCACACAGGCUCUGAGGAGGCUCCCAGGCCUGAAGUUCCUGGACCUGAAUAAGAACCGUCUGAGUCUGGUUCAGACAGGGGACUUCAGGGACCUGGUCCACCUGACAGAGCUGGGUCUGAACAACAUGGAGGAGCUGGUGGCCAUCGAGAGGGCAGCCAUGGAGAACCUGCCUGAGCUCACCAAGCUGGAGAUCACCAACAACCCCCGGCUGUCCUACAUCCACCCCCAGGCCUUCUUCCAGCUGGGCAGGCUCGAGAGCCUGAUGCUGAACUCCAACGCUCUGACUGCUCUGCACCAACACACUGUCCUGUCUCUGCCCAGACUAAGGGAGGUCAGCCUGCACUCCAACCCCCUCCGCUGUGACUGCCUGUUUCGCUGGGUGGCUGAGGAGCACCCUCACACAGAUGCUGACGCACACACAGAUACACAGAUGCCACAGGCUGUGAGGUUUAUCCAGCCCCAGGCCACAUUGUGUUCUGAGCCUCCAGAGCUGAGGGCUCGCAGGGUGAGGGAGGUGUCAAUCACAGAGAUGUCAGCCUCCUGCCUCCCCCUCAUCCCCCCUGGCAUCCUCCCCCCCUACGUGGGGGUGCGAGAGGGGGAGAGGCUGGCCCUGCACUGUCGCGCCCUGGCAGAGCCUCAGCCCACAAUCUACUGGGUCACUCCUUCUGGACAGAGACUGGGAUCAUCCAACAACACCCACAGCCACAAGCCUGCAUCCAGACCCUACUCCAAACCUGGAUCCAGCCUCAACUCCAAACCUGCAUUCAGACCCUUUUCCAAGCCUGCAUCCAGACCCUUCUCCAAGCCUGCAUCCAGACCCUACUCCAAGCCUAUCUCCAGCCUCAACUCCAAGCCUGCAUCCAGCCAGACAUCCAACUACUCCUCUUACCAUUCCCACUUACCCAGCCCAGCAUCUGGUAAUGCCUCUGUCCUCUUUUCCAGCCUCACCCCUUCCUCUCCCCCCCUCCUCUCCUCCCCUGCCUACCGGCUCCUGCCAGAGGGAACAUUGGAGAUCGUCAUGGUGACAUCCCGGGAUUCGGGUCUGUACACCUGUGUGGCUGAGAACACACUGGGGGCCGACACUCACAGUGUGACUGUAGGGGUGCAGGGGCCAGGGAAGGGGUUGAGGCAACAGAUGUUGGAGGGUAGAGGAUAGGGAUUAAAGAAGAGGGUUUUGAGGGAAAGGAGGUCACAUGAGGGCAAGGGUCAAGACAACAAGCAUGAGGAGCAGCACACAUAUGAGUAAAGCCUAGCUAUAUAAAUAAUGAAUGAUAUUAUACACAUAAUAACAUACACACAUACUUGCAGUACAUCGUUUCCAAAGAUAACAUCGCUUCCAGGGAUGAUUUAUAGGAUAGAUAUGGAUACCACUCUUGGCGGGGGUGCGGUUGUAGGUGGUUGUGAAGCCCAAUCCAGGAGGCACAUGUCCUGCCGCAGUUGGGACAUGUUAGGGCUGAAUCUGGAGAUGCUUGUGGGAGUGGUUGGGAGCAUUGGGGCCUGUAAAUAGGAUAUAUGACACAGUGGCAGUACAUACGACAGUGUUGUACAGUCAGAUAUGUAUAUAUUUUAUAUAUACAGUAAAUUUGGAAAGUAUUAAGACCCCUUGACUUUUUUCACAUUUUGUUAUGUUACAGCCUUGUUCUAAAAUUGAUGAAACAUUUUUUUUCUCUAA